GUGAAUCACUCGUUGCCAAUUCAUAUAUCCUCUUUUCAUAUAUUCGUCGCGAACACGACGUUUACGACCUAAUAUUGCGAAGAUAGUCUUCGCAUAAAAUCGAAAGAUAAUUUUACGCACUGUCCAAUCAUUGAUCCAAUUCAUUUCGGCUUAGAGUCACAGUUCUUCCUUUUUCAUUUUUCAUUUUCUAAUUCUAAUUUUUUAUCAAAUUUAGCGUUAAAUCAUCAUCAAAGUGUUGUUGAGAUUGCGACACUAUGUCUGGACCGAUAGAGAAGAAUCUGUUACAGAUAAUGAUAAUCCACAUGCGUCCAGAGGAUAUCAAUGCGCAGUUCGUGGACAUUAUAAUCAUCUUUUCGUCUUCUGUUCUUAUAUUCUUGAAGUUACCUAUCCACCGCAAUCAAAGGUGAGAUCUAUCAUGUUCUAAAUUUAUAGCGUGUUCAACGAGUUCCCUGGAGCGACUGCUAACAAGAGGACUGGAUUUUCUAGUUUUCCUUUCAAUCUGUUUUGAAUCGACCAGUUGAUUGUAGCCUAUUUUUAAAGUUACUCCAUUAAAGCGGAAGUAUGAUGCAUAUGGAUGAUAAAGUGGACGACGUUUUUUUAUACAGAUGGUUGAUUUCAAUCUUUGGUAUUUUAGAGAAAAAUUGUAGUGCUGCGUUAUUGAUAGAAAAAUGCAAAGUUCUAGGUUAAUAAACAAGAUGCAAUAUGAAAAUUAAUUAUGGCUUGUAAAUGUGGAACAUAUUGAUAACCGUCGAGAAACGGUCAUAUUGAUGAACGUAUUAAUGAUUGUCGAUAAACGAUUGUAAUUUAUAAAGAUUAUUUCAAUUGUAGUCUGACAGCUAUAACGUAACUAUAUUGGGAUGUGGUUUUUGGUGUCAGCUUGAUGAAAAUAUUGAACACGUAUAUAGAUAAAUAAACUCUGGCUCAAAAAUUUCAGGAUACCUCGUAUUUAAUAAAAUGUGAUAUUUGGUGUAAAUUAUGAAUAUGUUAUGUAGUAGCGUAUAAUUCCUUUAUCAUAUCAAGUAUCGAGUUAAAUGAAUUGUUACAAGAUAAUUGAAUCAUAAUUUUUUCCAAUUAUGGUGCAAAUAUAUAAAUGUUCUAAUAAGUACAUACACAGAAAAAUACACACUAUAAUAGAGAUAAGCUAUAACAUUACUAAAUGAUACUGUAUCAUAUGGUUUCAAGUUUACGGCCACUGUACGUGCGUGGAUACACGUAUCCUAAGAAAAAGUUUAAAUACCAGUGACUGACCAUUCAGUGCAGAAGUGUGGUUUACAUUAAUUUCACUGACCCUCAAUCUCUGCCUACUAAAAGUCGAGAUACGUGCUAAAUAAUUCAAGAGUUCACAUGAUGCGUUUAUUAUGGAUAUCAUUAUUACCUUCAACUGCAGGAAAAUGCCGCAGAGAAAAAAAAUGCCGAAAGAAAGCAGGUCGUAUGCAUUUAUGUCGUUGUAUAGAGGUCACCACAAGUUCAUCGAAUUAUCUUGAGGUGAAUGAACUAUUGUGUGCUCGCGAGACAACCAAUAAUUAAUGUCUUUUUUAUCCAAUUUACUACCGGCUACUAGACAUAAAACUUAAGCUAAAUUAAGUAUUACGGUAUGUGUACAACAUCAAUUUUUUAACUCUCACUAAUAUUUCACAACAUUUUACAAACUUAUUUUAUAACAUCGCACAUUCUGUGAUUGUCGAGAAAAGAUAAGUAAAUUUUUAAUUAAGUAACAACUAAUAUGGCUUUGCUUAUUUAUUUUAUUAAACUUCAUACGAGGUUCCAUAUAUUUCUGAGAAAAGCAUUUUUUAAAGAAUUUUUUAGCUCUCGAUGUAACAUAGACGAACUACAGUUUCGUUUCUCAGUAUAGCAAAACGGAAUUAAUUAAUGUCGGACAGAGGAGGUAGUGUUAUGAUCAUUAACGAGAAACUUCUUCUUUCUCACACUGUCGAUGGAGACCCUCAACGAAUCACGAAUCGAGUGUACCCUCGGAAAGUAGCUGGAAUGUUAUGCAAAGCAAUUACACCGAUUUAAUUGUCCAUGCGAGAAUCAUUAAGCAGACUCCACCGAGGGAGCGAUGAACCGAUUGAUUUCUAUUUCGAUUAAAAAUUAUAUAAAUCCAACGUAGCAACAAUUGCUCAAGUUAUUUAUUAUAAGAAUUUCAUUCAACGCGACCUUUUGCUGUGUUCAAAUAUAAUAUUAAUUUCAACAGGACUUUAUACAUAUCAUUCAUAUAACAUGAAUUAUGUUGUAGACUCACAUGAAAUGCAGUUUCGUUACUCUUCGGGACAUAAGUUGGCAGCAGAUGUAAAUAACUGCUCAGAAAACCAGAUGUUUGUGAAAGGCGAGAAGGUAUUGAAAACGAACCUUCUAUGCAUUAAAUCAAGGCUGUAUGAGUUGAACAUUAUUAUAUGUCGGUAUACACCAAGGAAGACGAGAAAGGGAACAGGGGAUAAUUUGAACAAUUAUAAUUUAUGGUAACCGAGACAAACUCGUGUCUUUUUUUCUUUCUUUCCACAACCGGAUUACCGGAACUCAUAAAAUCAAUUGGAGUAAUUGCGCUCGUAUGGAUUCCCGCUGAGACAUGAUGGUCAUUUCCCGUAGUUUCUAUGGACAAUAAUAUCGAUGAAAAGUCGAAACAAAGCGUUGGAAUCAGCCAGUGGCUAUUUUUAAAAUCUAUUGAUCACGAGAGAGAUCAUCUUUGCGAAUGCAAAGCGUACAUCAUCUGCAUUCGUACGAUAAGAGAAUGCGACGCUCAUAACGAAGGUUUAUCUUUAGAUGGAGCGGCAUAAACAUACAAUGGGCAAUACCGAAACUAAUGAGGAAAUUAAUUUAAAUAAAGAGAGGCCCAAUCGGCGCCAUUCUUGCAUAACGAUCGAUGCUGCUUUUCCGAUACGUGCCACGAAUGCUGUAUAUACUUCUGAAAUUCUCUGAGAUAUGUUCAAAUUUAAAAUAGUCGAAAUGUGAUAGCUGUAGCGCAAUUUCGUCAAAAUUACAAGUUUGUAAUCAAAAUAUUGAUAUUAUUGCACUGAAGUUUUUAAUGCACGAUGAGAUAAAAUUUGUGAAAAUUGGGAGGGUAUUUAUUAUAUAUACAGGGAUCUUUAUCAAUGUUGAAAUUAGUUAAGGUCUAAAUUUAAAAGAAUUUAGUGCUCAGUAGUAGAUAUUUGUAUCUACAACUUUGACGUCAAAGAAAAAGGGUUUUUAGAGUUAUUAAUAUGUAAAUGACGACAAUGACCUUUGAACUUUUGGAUAUAGAUGGAAGAUUACUAUACCUCCCUAAAGUCAGAAUAAAGUUUUAGCUACAGCGUGACAAGUAGGGGCCAGAAGUUACGAUUUCGCUUUGUGAUAAAUAUAGGUAUGUAAUGAUUAAGUCCACUGAGGACAAAAUAAUCAAUUAAUAAUUUAAUUUCACCUAUUUAUUUUAGUAAUACAAAAGUUAUAAAUAAUUUAGAACAAUUCGCAAUUACUAUAAAUUAAAUUUUUCCAAAUUAACCACUGGAAAUAAAAGAUAUUAAAUACAUGAUAAUAUCUUUUAAAUCUUUUAAAUUUAAAUUAUCGGAGGAAAGAUAAGAAACAGUACAAUAAAAUGUUAAUUUGUUCCGUACGUAUAUUAUUGUAUACAUAACUCAAAUAUAAAUACUGUUUUAAAUAUUUCUUUAGAGUUAUAUUAUAAAGUACUUGGUUAGUUAUCUGAUGCAAUCUACUCGAAUUAUCAAUAUUUAAGUAGAAUAUAUAUUUCCUACCUUUUUUCGGAGAAGUAUUCAUAUCGGAAACUCAUGAUCUUUUCCUAAAUCUGAUUAGAAUGAGCGACGAAAUAUUGAAACUUCAUCACAUUGGAAAAGGGCCAACAAGAAUAUAAUUAGAUCAUGAAUUGAUCAUCCUUCUGAUAAACAUUGAAAUCUUAAUUAGAUUCUAUGAAACGAAUUCCUAUUAAUAUCUUUCCUAUCAUUUUUUUCCUCCUUUAGAAAAAAAAAAAAAUGACAAUUGCAAAAAAUGAAUUUUUAUUUUGAACAAUUUUAAAAGAAUUACUUUUAUAACUAAAUUCGUAUUUUAAAUUAUUCAACAUUACUCUUAAACACAGAAUUACAUGGUAUUUAUUUAUUUUUACAUUUCUGUAAGGGUUGCUGGACUUGAAACCGUCAGUCUUUUCCUAGUAAUGAUACAUGCUCCUCUUUACAGUGGUGUUUAAUGACAUUCGUGACAAAAGGUAAAUUUUUUAUGAGUUUAUAAGUUUACAAAAUGUUACUACUAAUAGGUUAUUAAGUUAUUGAUAACUUAAAAAAGAACAAAUGAUAAUAAUGAUUUAACCAAGAAUAAAGAACAAGAAGCAGUUUAUGACAACAUACAAGAUAAACAAAAAAAAAAUAUUUAAACAUCAAUUAUGAUGUGAUACAAGAUUUGGAAGUUAUACAUAUAUGAAGAUACAAGUGAUUCAAUGUAGUCAUUUGUAGCAAUAGAGUGCAAGGAAAAACAUAUUUUAUAAUAUCUAAGAAAACAACAAAGAUAUUAACAGAAACAUUAAUAUACAUAUAAGAAGAAUAUAGAAAUAAAUAUAUAAAGAUGAUCAUAUCAUCAUCAUAUCAUAUCAUAGCUCAAAAGAAGUCAGAUUUAAAGUUAGGAAGAAAAUCAACAUACAAUAUGAUAUUUAAAGAUGACUGUUCUCAAUCAUGAAUUGUCUGUUACAAUAUUUGUGGUAAACAUAUUAGCACAAAGUAAUAAACUUGGUAUAAAAGAACAAGAAAUAAUAUGUAAUAAGAAUUUAUACCAACAGAUACAUCAAAACAUUUUUUACAGUUUAGAUUUAUGUAACAAAAUUUGAGUGUAUCUAAUAAUUAUGAUAAAAUAAUAUUUGUAUACAUUGAUUGUAAGAAUAACGAAGACUAUGUUAGAAUAAUAACUCACUAAAAACUUUUAAGUUAAAAGUUUUUAUUUUCUUCAAGACAUUAAAUAUAAGAUACAACAAGUAUAUACACUCUCUCAUAUGGAUAUGAAUAUUUAAAUAUGAAUUAAGCUGUGUUAAAUUAACUUCACUUAUAAUUAUUCAAUUUAAUAAGAAAUAUGUAGUUUAUCUUCAUAAUUGUUCAGUAGAAAUAUUUUUCUUAAUAUUUUUUUACAUAGCACAAAUGAACUAAGGCCUUCAUUGUAGAAUUUUGGAAAACACUACAUUUAUGAAAAAAAACUGGAAGAUUUCUUUUAAUUAAACUUUUUGUGAUUUUAGUUUAUAUUACACCAUUUAAUUUUUUUAAAAUAACUAACAAAAAUGACAAUCUACGUAGACAAUAGUAACAGUAAUAUUCAUACAAAAGUUUCUAUCACACACGCAUGCAACUAGAACUACACUGAAACGAUGAGGCGGGAAGCGAUUCUCAAGAAUCGUUAUAUCGAAUCAAUACCGCGCGCAAUAUUUGAAUUUGAACUGAUAAACGCAGAAAAAUUGAACUACUAUUUAUUAACAAAAGUGUAUAAUAUUGUAUAUUUAAUUAUUUAGAUUAAUAAAUUACUACUAGCAAAGUUAUAUUAAAAUUUGAAGUGUGUGAAAAGACAAAGAAUAAAGAAUAAAAAAGUAUAGCAAUAUAUACAGUCAUUAAACCUUGAUCUAUAAUCUUGACAUUCGCAUGGUCAAGUGUAUAAUAAUACAUUCUUGCAUUAAACUGUAACCAUUCGUUUAAAUGAACGUGCCUAGAUUUAACUAUAUGUUUUUCUACAGUAUUGAUAUAUUUCUAUUAAUUUGAGAUAUCAACAUUGAAACAACAUCUGCAAUUUAAGAAAGUCAAGAACAGCACUCUAAGUUUCCUAACGUGCGUCUGCGAAGUAAAAGGCACGAUUUCACUAUAAAAUCGGUGCAACGGAAUGCACUGUUACGUCACUUGAUUCGCACUCAGAACACUCAAUUUGUAGACAUCAAUCGUAGAUACCUGUAAACAGUUAGUCAAUUACACAGUUAUUAUAAAAGAAUAGAAGAAAUCUUUGUAGUGAAUUUUUCAAAUAUUUAAUUUGUUUUAUGGAAUCCUACUUUAUCAUAUUGUAUUAUUUGUAUAAUAAAAAAAUGUCAAAUACAUUCAUAAAAAUUUUAAAACUAUGUAAAAUAAUAUAAAUUAAUGGCCGUCUAGCUACAAUUACUUUUUUGCUAUAUAUUAAAAUCCUUAAAUAAAAAAUGUUUGUAAAAUUGUAAUUAUGUUACAAUAUUACGUUAAUGUUAUUGUUCUAUGGGAUGAUACAAUCACUUUCGAAAAAAUAAGAGAAAAAAGAAGAAUCUCAACCAGUUUCUGAUCUCAGUCAUGUAGAUAGUGUCGUUUGUCGAGUCUUUCGAAGACCUACUUGAAAAAAGCCAGUCGAUCCUCCUUACCGGUCGAUCAAUUUACUCGGCUCUGAAUGAAUGCAUGACGAUCCCGUUAUCGUUUCGUCCGAGUGGGUCACCGACACUUCGACAGGAUUUUACUCGUAGCUGCUUCGAGGUGCACGUACCGAACCUGUGCCGUGAACAGACCGUUCUCAUUGAUACUUGGUGGGGUUCAACAGGACCGUCUCACUUUCUUGGAAAACAGUUUGAAGCACCUCUAUGAUCUUAGUCUUUUUCAAAAAAUUCUAUAUAGAAAAAACAAUAAUUUAAUCGUGUAUUUAGAUAUCCUAAAUUUCAGUUUCAAGUUCAAAAUUAAAAUUAAAAUGUAAUAGCAAUGUAUCGUUUCUCUUAGAAAAAGGUUAAUACUAAUUUUUGAAAUUACGAUACAUAGAAAUUAAGUAGCAAAAUAUUUUUUUUUAAUUCAAUCAUUCGAUCAGUUUCGAUCGAUUUAUUCACCAAAGAUCGAUCGAUUUAUUCACCAAAGAUCGAUCGAUCUUUAGUCAGUUUUAAUCACAAAUAUUUUAAUGAACAUAGAAAAUCUCACAGAUCAAGUGAUUUAUAAAAUAUUCAUUGAGCUCACUACUUCAAACAUGCUUAGUAUCAGUUUAGUAUUAUUAUAUCUAUAUAUAUUAACUACAUAUAUAACAUGAUCUAUUAAAAUGUUUUUUACACUCGUGGAGGAAAAGAGGGGAUCUUGAAAGUGGAGCCAAGAUUCAGCCGUCCCUGGAAACCAGAUGGGGUCUGAAAGUGCCCCGCGUGCUCGCCUUCGAAGAACAUAUCCAUGCAGUAUUAGUGUUCGCGUGAACGAGUAACUUGUCGUACCUUUUUAUCUCUAUUGAGAAGUAUCACGUUCACCUGCGGAUCCUAAGGUCGUUUUCGCGGACGUUGUCUACUUCGAUCAUCGCGAACGACAGUAAUUUUCGAAACGUCUCAUUCGUGAAUAAAUCUUCGAGGAAAAGGGAACGUCUCCAGGAAACUAUUACAGACGAUCGUUGUCGACUUUACCAAUUUUUGCGCGAUAAUUAAACUGGAUCUACAACUAUGAAAAUCGCCACGACCUUGUUCUUCUUCGUAGUCGUCGGAUGCACGUGGCGGGAGACUCUAGGGACGUGCGUGUUUCAAUCGGACUUUGGUUUCGUGCUUAACUGUGCCUUUCGGAAGUCCGGAAUUUUUCGGGUACGAAAUCUUGGAGGUGUCAAAGGUUACGUCGGCCUGGGAUUUUCUGUGGGUGACGAGCUAGGAUUCAGUCAGUCCUUGUCCAAUGUGGAGGCUGCCAAAAGAAGAAGCGUGCAGACUAGUAGAGUUGGUUCAUCAUCCCAUACUAAUUUGGCUACCAAUCGAGAUGAAACUAGACAACACACUCAGAACACUCGACAAGCGGUGCCUCCCUUCAAACCUUUACCAGCUGGAGCAACGCGGCCGAUAGCUCAGCAACCAGAACGUCAAAAAUUGGUCGUACAACAGAAUUCUACAGUCCUUCGAACCGUGCCAGCUCCUUCCUUAUCAGCAACACAGCAGGACUUAUUGAGGCAACAGCAACUAAUGCAACAAGAAGUAAAACAGAAGCAACAAUUGAAAUUGCAGCAAGAAGCUUUCGCAUUGCAAGUACUAAAGCAACAAAGGUUACAACAACAGGAAGCUAUGAGACAGCAACAGUUGCAGAAGCUUCAACAGCAACAGAAACAGCAACAGAUUGCUGCGCAACAACAAAUACUGACACAGCAACAUAAAAGGCACCAACAAAUGGUACCGAUGCAAGUAAAAAGAGAUCAGACACCACAGAUGCUCGCAGUUGCAGCUGCAAUGCCAGGAAAAUUACCUAACAUUGUUGCUGCAAUUCCACCAGCUGAUAGCAUCGUAGAACCAGGACUUUCAUUAAAAUCAGCGUCUUCGAGUGACGGGUUACCACCUUUUAUUUCGAUGCCACAGUCAUCUUCACAGUUGACCGAUCGAAUUAGCAAUAGUCCUACUAUUUUGCACGAUUCUGAUAACGAGGUGUCGAAAGAUGAUUUCAAUCAGCUUCCUUUACCUGGAGAUGAGGCUGCAUCUUCAGUCAACGAGAUGACUUUACUUUCCCUUCAAGCAGCUGAAUCCAGUCAGUCACAACAACAAAACGAGAAACGACAAUCGUUGCCAUCGUCAUUGCCAUCUUUAGCGCCUAUUCAAGGAAUGGAAACGUCGUUGAAAGCUCUGGCAGAAGCUAGCAAUAUUACUUUAGAAGCUCUAGAAGCUGCUAUUCUUCUCAGGCAACAGCAACUUCUACAAAAACAGCAAGGGCCAACCAGUACAAGCACGACGACGACUACAACUAUGUCUCCGCAUAAAAAUAAAUAUAAUCCUGGUGUCACCAAAGUAAUGAACGCUCCUCGUGAAUAUUAUCCAAUGGGUUAUGACAAGAACUUCGAUGACAAUUUUGCCAGUCGUGUAGAUCUUCCGGACACAAGCUUUUAUUGUGGUGACCAAAAACAUUUUCCAGGACUUUAUGCUGACGAAGAUCUUGGGUGCAUGGUAUUUCACGUCUGUGCAUUAACGGAUGAUGGCUUGAUUAUGAAGAGUUUCCUCUGUCCCGAAUCAACUUUAUUCGAUCAAUCUAUCCUCAAAUGCAAUUGGUGGUUCUACGUGGAUUGCAAAACUUCGAAAAGUUUAUAUGACAGCAACAUUCCAAUUAGCAAGAGUUAUCAGUUAAUGAAAGCACUAGCGUUUUUCUCAGCGUACAAAAACCAUGACAAUAGUACAACAUCUGCUCAAGAAAACUCAGAAAGCUCAAAAUAGCACUAAAUCUUGUUACAAAGGAACUGUAUCUUUAUUUUUAGUUAGUUUACUAGUUGGGCAUCCCCUGUGAGUUUAAUUCGUUCCACGAUUGCCAAUUUAUGUUCCUUUAAUCCAUUAAGCUUUGGAUAAUGAAAGUUAGCUUCUUUAUAUAUUUUAAUAUCGAGCUACUUUCUUAAUUAGUUUGUGGAAUGUUAAGUAUUUUAAAUUAGUGUAUAAUAUUUAGAUUUUUUGUUGAGGUGUGAUCUUAAUGGAUUAAACUGAACUUCUUUGUGGAAAGGUGAAUUUUAUAAGACAAUGGAUAUUUUUGUGUCACGGUACAACUAUUUUUCUCGUUAAUCACUACCGUCACAAUCCCAAACGAUAAGUGUGUAUAUAUAUAAUUUAUUAUAUUAGUGGAGUGUAAUAGGCAUAGUAAAUAAUUUGUUUUAAUCGUAAUGUUGUAAAUAGUUCUACGUUGGUAUUUUCGUUGAUGUGGUUUGUUUAAUAAUAAUCUCAUUCUUGUUGACGUGGCUGUCCCUAUUCUAUAUCGUGAAAUUCUUGUUAAAAAUAUGUAAUCAGAAGAUAUAAGAAAUAUUAAGAGAUCGAUUGAAAUAAAACAGACAUAAAGAAAA